ACAUUCUCCAUGACGGUCUAGAAGACAAUCUCCGUGACUGUCUAGAAGACAAUCUCCUUGACUGUCUAGAAGACAAUCUCCUUGACUGUCUAGAAGACAAUCUCCUUGACUGUCUAGAAGACAAUCUCCUUGACUGUCUAGAAGACAAUCUCCUUGACUGUCUAGAAGACAAUCUCUGUGACUGUCUAGAAGAUAAUCUCCUUGACUGUCUAGAAGAUAAUCUCCUUGACUGUCUAGAAGAUAAUCUCCUUGACUGUCUAGAAGACAAUCUCCUUGACUGUCUAGAAGAUAAUCUCCUUGACUGUCUAGAAGAUAAUCUCCUUGACUGUCUAGAAGAUAAUCUCCUUGACUGUCUAGAAGAUAAUCUCCUUGACUGUCUAGAAGAUAAUCUCCUUGACGGUCUAGAAGACAAUCUCUGUGACUGUCUAGAAGACAAUCUCCUUGACUGUCUAGAAGACAAUCUCCUUGACUGUCUAGAAGACAAUCUCCUUGACUGUCUAGAAGAUAAUCUCCUUGACUGUCUAGAAGAUAAUCUCCUUGACUGUCUAGAAGACAAUCUCUGUGGCUGUCUAGAAGACAAUCUCCAUGACUGUCUAGAAGACAAUCUCCUUGACUGUCUAGAAGAUAAUCUCCUUGACUGUCUAGAAGACAAUCUCCCAGCCAGACCAUCGGCUGAUCUAACAAUUAGAACACAACUGCCCUCAUGUACUUCUGACCUGUCUGGAUGA